CAGGCGCAAAUCACUGUCUGUACGCGUCCGUUCGUUUCCAUGGUUGCCAUUCUUUACAACUGGAGAAUAACAUUGCAGUACAAAAUGGAAGGUAAAAAGGGACCUGAGCACGGAAAGAUCUAUGUCAGGUUAAAGGAUGAACACAGAAAACCCUGUCCACUAAAACCAGAGGUUGGUUUAAGCCUGUGGGACGCCGCUGAAUCGGACACAGAGAGCUUGGUCCAGGAGAGGGACUACCAGUUUGAGCUUCAGAGGCGAAUUGGUGUCGAGUCUGGUGACCAAAACAUGACACAACCCCAAGAGGAAGACACAGAUGGCUCAUGUCUGGAUGAGGGGGAACUUCAUGUCUAUGAUAGUCUCGAGGUAUCAGCACUCAGGCAGAACAAAAACAACGUCCAGCAGCAGAGCAGAGACAAAGAGGUGUCCAGACAGAUCCACUUCGAUGACACCUAUGCAGAAUUGCGCUACAAUCCCAACUGGAGGACUAAUCUUGAGGGAGCUCGACAGUUCGACAGGAUGACCCCACAACUUCCCCUCGAGGAAGAAUCCUACAACUCGGAUGAACAAUCUGAGGAGAGCCAUAGCGAGAGAGGACAGGAGCUUUCAGGGAGUGGAGGACACACAUACAUCUUUUCCCGCAGUCCAGCUCUUGCAGAGAGUAUGACUCCAGAAAUCACAAGUAACGAACUUCAAUCUAAACACCCCCUAACGUCUUACCACCUCCAUCCACUGCAGAAUGAAGUUACCAGAGAGGUUUCACCUGCAUUUUCCUACCACCUUCAUCAGAACCAAGUUAUAGGGGAUAGCUUGCCAGAGUCCACCCACGCAAGUCCUGGUGUGCCAUCUGAAAAAGCCAUGGAAAGAAACCCACACCAGAGAGUCAAGGCCAACCGAGGUGUGAGGAACCCAACCAAUGCCACUGGUGGUGAAAUCCAAGCUAGCUCUCCUGACCUAGAAGACCGUUACAGGGAGACACAUGACAGAUACGAUAGAGCGUUUCAGUUACAGAAUUCGAUGUCCUCUAAAUCAAAUGGUUCACGGCACUUGUCCAGCAGAAAGCCAGACAUACCAAGGGAGGACAUCAUUGAACGCAACAGAGUGACACUGGGGAUCAACACAGCCAAACAGGGCUCGUACCUGAGGGCACAUGUACAACAGAAGGAGAUGAAAUCAGACAGCCCAAAUCAGGUUUGCGAUACUACAGAGGAGAUUACCAUUGGUGGGAACCAGGAGGAGGAAAGCCAAGGGGACAAUUCAGACCCGGAGUUGAGGUGGCUCCAGAAAACCCAGCAACUCAAGGUAACUCAGAUCUCCAAAGAAAAGCAAGCUCAGCAGAGAGUGAAUCCCAAACCCCCCCAAGCCCCCCCCACUGACACCACCAGACCUGCAGCCAGGACCCAGGCUCACUCCCACCCCCACCACUCACCCCACCUCCAGGCACUCAGUGACACAGAUUCCCAGUCUAGCAUACUGGACACCCAGCCACAGCAGCCCCAACACAUCCCCUUAACACAGUCCCCCACCGUCCACCUCAACAUCAACACCUCAUCCAAGCUCCUCGCUUUUAUGCACUGCAGUCACCAGGACACCGUUCUCACCAUACCCAAGCCCUGUAGCGGCCCCAGCCCCCAAAGGAAGCCACAGUCUAUAGACGGGUACAGCCCUAACGCCAAUGUACCGCUUAGGAACACCAUCCUGGUAAACCCUUACUCCCACCCAGGUCCUCACCCCUGUCCCCAAGACCACGGUUCAUUACAGCUGGCUUUGGUUCCACAGGCUGAUGUGUCUCCACUGAGCCCAGGUCGGGGCUCUCGCAGCAGUCAGGGCUUCCCAGGGAUGCCCCCUCUCUGCCAGGGCAGCAGAGAACCACCGCAUCUCUGGCACCAGGAGAACGCCCCAUUGCAGCGUGAAAACCACGUUGUCCUGCAGUAUGAUGAUGAGGAUAGUCACAGGUCUACUUACACCGCCGAGACAAAAUACUCCUCCAGCUCCUACACAGUGCUGCCCCCUAUAGGUAAAACAACGACGGGAGACCCUGAGCUAGGCCGUGACAUAGCUGCACAGAGAUUCACCUUCAUGCAGAGAAGCAGCUCUGAGGCCUACCUGGCACAGAUGAGGAGAGAGAAACAACUGAAAGAGAGAGUCAUUUACAAGGCCUACACCCUGAAGGACUAUAAGCAGCUGAAGCAGGACGUUUAUCUUGGAGGCCUUGGGCCUGAUUACACCAUCACAGAAAUUACAGCCGAGAAAAUGAGACGACAGAAGCUGUAUUCAAAUGUGAUCCGCGAGCAGAACAAGAAGAUAAGUAGGAUUCCCUUUCUGCCAGCCGCCAGGAACCCAGUGGGCAGCAACAACAAGGACAACAUGGUUCCUAGGAGGAAGGCCCUGGAGUACGCCAGGAGCAUCCUGAGGCCCAAGGUAGUGCCCCAAGCCCAGCAGCCCAAGACCAGAGAGCCAGAGAGAGCCCAGGGGGCCCUUAGGGGCAACACUCGCCUCCGGGAGGGCCUCGACCUAUCCCAGCUGGCCACAGUGGAGGCCCUGAGGAAACGGCACGAGCAGGAGAAACAGACUGUGGCCCGCUUCAAUGUGGUGCAUUCCAUCUGACACAGCACCGGCCCAUUCACUUUACAGCACACUGGAGUCACCCUUAAAGCUGACAUGGCCGUUCGACUUUUGAAGAAACUCAGCAUAUGGACUAUAUAGACAAUAUGCAGGAAUAAGCAGGUGAUUAGUGCAGCAAUCAUUCAUUAAUGCUUGUGUCUAUAACUGCAGUUUGAGGUGUUACAGCGUAGCCUGUCUGUUUGUGGUUGAUGACAUAAGCAUUUACUAUAUGAACGUUUUUUUACAACUAGUGAUGCUGUUAAACAUAGCUUGCGUGUUUCUUCAUAUGAUUUGAUGCACUUAAACCAUAGGUAAACAUGGUACUUAUUCAGUACCAUACCGUGACUUACACUAUAGGCAAACAUAGUACUGUAAUCCCAAACCAAGUGGAUUUUUUAGCUUGCAGUUGAUAAUAAGGUAAUAUAUUGAUGUUUGAAUAAUAUGCAAAUGGUUUGUACACAUUUCAGAUAAAUCAUGCUCUGGCUAUUGAUGAUUCCUCAAUUACUUGAAUAUCUCUCUGCUAAAAUUCUUAACCUUACAAUUGCUCAUGAGUCAUGACCUGAGUGCACAUGACCUGAAAAUGUCUAAUACAGUACAGCUGCUCAAGUCAAUUCAGGCAUAACACAUAUGGUUUGUUGUUGUAGUACAAUAUUACACAUAUUAGUACAAUACCACACAUAAUAGUGCAAUAUUACAAUCUGAGAGAACAUGUACACCUAAAGCUUUGUGUAGGUUGUUUGAUGACAAGGAGUAGGCAACUGAGUAAAAAUACUGUCGGUAGACCAUUGGUAAAGACCUAAUGGUCAAUUCUUUUGUAAAUAGUACUGUGUACUCCAUCUGUUUUUCUCUGUUGUUUUUAUAGCACUUGACAUUGAAACAUCCUCUGUAAAUUCAACAAUACGUCAUUAAAUCAAAAAGCUUCCGGUA